AUGAAUUGGAUCACCACAUCAGACUACUACAGUAAUGAACAAAUUCGGUCAAAAUUAUUUACCGAAAAUAAUAUUAAUUACUCUGCUUCAUAUACUCUAUCACAGAUGAAGUAUGCUGAGAAAACCAUGCAUCCCUAUCCAAAGAAAAUGAUUCAAACUGAUGCUAAAAAAUAUUUGCCAUAUCAAAAUCAGGAAAAUAUUAAUUCAAAAAGUCAAGAAUCUGAAGCGAAUUGUACACUGUUAAAUCAUUUAUACAGUAAUGACAAUGAUCUAACAGAAUAUCACGGUGAGAAAUAUCCGCAUUAUUAUUCAUCACCAACGACCUAUCUAACAGAAUCGACAAAUUGUCAAUCAGUGCACAAUGCACCUGCAGACAAACACUGGGAUUCGUGUUAUUUGUGUGAUAAUAAUAAUAAUAAUAAUAAUAAUAUUAAUAGUUUUCAUAAUGAAACUCAUAAUUACACAAAUAUUUCCGAUGAUUAUACACAUCGAAAAACGAUGUCCGAUUAUUUGAAAUAUGAUCAGUCACUUAUAAAUUAUCACCAAUAUUCUAUGUCAAAUAAUCUUUAUGAUAAAACCCCUGUUCAAAUGUUGUAUAAACAUGAAGAAAUUCCAGAUCAAUUGUAUUCUACAAAGUAUAAUGAUGAUAAUAAUAAUAUUGAAGAUGUACAACAGACAAGUACCGAGAUAAAUAAAGAAAUGUUUAAUCUAGUUGGAACAAAAACUUUCAUAUGUCGAUGGAAGUCAUGUCGUUUGACAUUUACAGAUCAUAAAUCAUUUGUAAAUCAUAUUGAAUCGUCGCAUGUUACUGCACAUUUAUCAAAUAAAGAAUAUUAUUGUUAUUGGGAAGGUUGUCGACGUCAAUUCAAGCCAUUUAAUGCACGUUAUAAAUUAAUUGUUCAUUUACGUAUUCACAAUGGUGAUCGACCAAAUAAGUGUACAUAUCCUGGUUGUUUCAAAUCAUUUUCUCGUUUGGAAAAUUUAAAAAUUCAUAUACGUUCACAUACUGGUGAAAGACCAUUUCUUUGUCAACAAGAUGGUUGUGAUCGUACAUUUUCAAAUAGUUCCGACAGAGCAAAACAUCAACGAACACAUAUACAUAUUAAACCGUAUGCAUGUAAAAUAUUUGGUUGUACCAAACGUUAUACAGAUCCAAGUUCUUUACGAAAACACUCAAAGUCACAUUCAAUUUUCGAAAUCAGUCAGUUAGACAAACAUUCAAUUGUGGGAGAAUGUAAAUUAAACAAAGACGUACCACUGACAUUUUCCAAUCAAUCCAAUAUUCCCACAGAAAAUCAAGUCGAUAAAUCAAGAAUAUUCCAUGGAGAAGGAAAUUAUUCACGAAAUUAUGACACAGAAAACAAUACUGAUUUAUAUAGUAUUUAUGGGUCAUAUGAUGACACUCCAACUGCUUAUUGUGUUCAGAAUAAUACACAUGUGUCCAACAGGAACUUGACAGAUAUUCAAUCUAGUAAAUUGACAAAAAUAACUGAUGAUUUUCCCUGUUCAUAUAUUUCAUCCCAUCAGUCUACUGUUGAUGUAACUUCUCAGUUUCAAUGGAAUUCUUGUUUUGAUCAAUUAAAUUCAUGUGAAAUUGAUCAUACGCCCAGAUUACAACAUUAUUUAAAUGAAUCUUCAACAUUCACUCAUCAUCAUCAUCAGCACACUGAACGAUGUUGA